UUAGGGGUUGCGUCGGUUGCAGUUUGAGAUGGAGACACAAAAAUUUAGUGAUUGGAUGGCGGAGAAGUAGACACUUGCCGGUAGCUAGCUAGCAGAUAGCUGUCUAGUCAGAUUAUUAUUUAGACCAACUAUUAUUUUUAAAUGUUGUUAAUGAGUAUUUUUUUGUAAAAAUACAUAUUGUAAUAGUUUUAUGUAGGUUUGAAUUAAAUAGCAUUAUCGAUCGAUUUAAUGGCAUUUUUUUUAUAUAUUGCUAACACAAUAACUGAUUAAAUGAAAUAGGAUGUAACGUUACAUAGUGCUAAUUAUAGGUAUUCAUUUUCAUCAGUUAGCUAACGAUAGCUAGUUAGGGAGCGUUAGCUAAUUAUCUACCAUCUGAAUGGCUGACUUUGUCCUCGAAAACGUUUAAGCCGAGUUGUGAUACAUGGAUGAAAUAUUGGACCUGAGUCAUUCUGGUCAACGCCUCAUAUGCAUUGAUGCCUCCGAUGAAGGUGUCGAAAUUAACCCCAGAUCUGAACAGCUCAUUAACUUCACAAACUUUGAAGAGUGGCAGAAGCAAGAUGUGGAGGAUAGUAAUACUAUCGCAGCGAGUGAGAGGUACCAACAGGUGGAACAUGGAUCAGUGGAGAGACAGAAAGCUAGGAACUCCCCUUUCAAUUGUUCCUUCUGUGGCAAAGUAUUUGGGAAUUCAAAUGCCCUAAAUAAACACCUUUUGACGCACCAGUCAGACCGACCGCACGUCUGUUCCAUCUGCCAACGUGCAUUUAAACGCCAUGAUCAUCUGACAGGCCACAUGUUGACACACCAGAAGCGGAAGCUAUUUCACUGUGCAGAGCUUGGCUGUCAGCGGAGCUACUGUGACGCUCACUCCCUGAAGCGCCACUGUUUGUCUCAACAUGGCAUUCAUCCCAAGCCUACGACAUCAGAGAGCACCUCCACCCACUCCACCCUCCACCCUACAGCACACUGGGAACCAGCAGAGGACACUCUGAGUGUACAAGGCAGCAGUGACCAAAGUGGCUAUCCUACCAUUUUCAUUCCUGCCCCAAAAACUGUGACCGACACCCAGUCUGUAAGUGCUAAUUAUCACAGCUAUGUUGAUUACAAUAACUACACAGGGUUUUCCACUGUGGUCAGAGGACUUGGAGUGAGUCAAUUCACAGUUGAGGGUGGUGCUCAAGAGAAGCCCCUCGUAGGCCAAGAUCAGUGGAUCCCAGGACCUACAAAAGGUAUGUAUGCUAUGAGCAGAGGUGAAGCGGUGCCAUCUGAGGAUAUGCAGGGCUCUACACAAUGGCCAGUGGGUCUAGAGCCAGAGUCGAGUGUUAUCAGUGCAGAUUCUGCUGCAGCACAGAGCUUUGGGGCGGAUGGCCUGAGCGCCCCCUGCUGGGAGAACACGCUUGAUUUUCCUAUGUCAGACCUCCAGGCACUCGAUAACAUGUUGUCAUUUCAGUCCUCACGGGAGACAGCCAACUGCCACGAUGAGUUGGUGGACAGGCCAGCUUCUUCGGAAAAUUCCAAUCACACAAGACUGGAAACACAACCGAGUCAACAUUCUCACAUAAACGAAAGUCUUACUCAGGUCAAAAAGAUUAAGUCGGAGACAUUGUCUCCAUGGCCCAUCUCUAGCCAUGAAUUUACCACAGCAGCGGACCUUCCACCAAUUGCUCCGCAAUCCCAAUUGAGUGUAUUGGCAGGAAUGCACGCUAUCCCUAAAAAAGUGGACAAGGCGAAAAAGAGAGCAAGGAAGAGGAAAAUCACAGUUGACGAUGUCCUCCCUUUGCAAGUUUAUUAUGAAGACUCAGUUCCUCUGCAUCCGCGGUCCCGCCCAGGGUUCCUUGUAUCUCCAAGCCAGGUAGCAAUGGCUUCAUUUAGCGCAGACAAUGCCCCCUACCCGUCUUUUAAGGGAGGAGGUGUCUCUGUCAUCACUUACGCAGAGGAAGGACAGGAGUCUUGUGAAAGGUCAGACUAUGGUGACCUCUCUGAAGAUAGCUUUUCCUGGGCUCAUCCAGCCUCUUCUAGGGCAUAUGAUCAUGUGGACUCUCACUCACCAGAGCCAUUCACCUCUGUUCAGCAUGGUGAAACAGUGGAGACCACCGCCGAUGAAAUAUUGGUCGCCCAGUGGUCACCCCAUCAUUCGGAGAAAAAGUGUCUGUCACCCCUGAUCAUCCCGGUAUCUGUACCUGUUUCAAAGGGCCCAGAGGAGGGUGACAGGUGCCGGAGCUUUACACCAUCCGAUGAAGAGGCAGCUCAGUCGAUGGAGGGAACGAGACUGAAGAAGACCCGCCGGCUGGAGUCGCUGAAAACCCUCAUCAUUCCCACUCCCAUGCAGCCCCACCAGAUGAUAGAGCAGGAGGCUUUGGCUGGCCUGCGGUUCCGUGCUACGGGAGGCUACUUAAGCCAGCUGCGCUCCCCCACAUAUUUGGCUGGCCAGCUGAUGAACCCCGACCUCCAGCUCGCCCCCUACACCCCCCCGCCGAUGCUGAGUCCACUGAGGCCAGGAAGCGGCCUGUAUUUCAACAAGCUGCCCCAGCAGCAUCCCUGUCCACCCCUGGCCAGUUCCCUCAUCAAUGCUAUGGGUUUGUUCUCCCUCUUCAUGCUGGAUCUCGCUCAGUGUGGGCUGAGAAACGAUAGGAUGUUUGGCUCAUGCCUCUGCCUAAGCAUGUCACUAGUUUGGUGUUUGUGGUGA